UUAAUUGGACAAGAGAGAGAGGAGGGGUGCGCGGAGAGGAGACGGAGCGGAGGAGGAGGCAUUCUCUCUCUCUCUCUCUUCCUCCUCGGUGCUCAAGAAAUCCAUCUAGCGGAGGCGCAUCUUCUCCACCAUCAUCCCUUCUCUCCAACUCCCCCCCCCCUCGGGAAUUGUGGGGGUAGCAAAGGAACUGGAGUUCUUGCAUGGAUGCAGCAGCCCACUGGCAGCAGAGCCUAGGGCUGGUGAAGCCCCUGGAGGAGAUGCUGAUGGCGGCCAGCGCGGGGGCUGCAAAUCCGAGCCAAGGCUCGAAUCCGAACCCGCCGCCGCUGGCGGCGCCCCUGACGGACGCGGGUAGCACCGAGCGGCGCGCGCGGCCGCAGAAGGAGAAGGCGCUCAACUGCCCGCGGUGCAACUCCACCAACACCAAAUUCUGCUACUACAACAACUACAGCCUCCAGCAGCCACGCUACUUCUGCAAGACGUGCCGCCGCUACUGGACGGAGGGCGGAUCCCUCCGCAGCGUCCCCGUGGGCGGUGGCUCCCGCAAGAACAAGCGCUCCUCGUCCUCGUCCUCGUCCUCGUCCUCGUCGGCGGCGGCGGCGUCCGCCUCCACCUCCUCCUCGGCCACGAGCUCGUCCAUGGCCAGCACACCGGGGGCGGCGUCCAAGAGUCCGGAGCUGGCGCACGAGGGCGCGCACGACGACCUCAACCUAGCGUUCCCGCACCACGGUGGCCUGCACGCCGCCGAGUUCGCGGCGUUCCCGAGCCUGGAGAGCAGCAACGACAUGUGCGACCAGGGUGGCGGGAUGACGAGCAAUGGCCGGGGCGGCGGCGCGGGGCCCGCGGUCGGCGCGCUCUCGGCAACGGAGCUGUUGCGGAGCUCCGGCUGCUACAUGCCGCUGCAGAUGCCAGGAGGAGAUUACACGGCGGCAGGGUUCGCGCUCGGGGAGUUCCGCACGCCGCUGCUGCCGCCACCAUCGUCACAGAGCCCGCUCGGGUUCUCUCUGGACGCGCACGGGCCGGGGUCGUCCGGUGCUGCCGCAGCGGCGGGGUACGGUUCCAGCGCGGGGCUGCCGCAGGGCGUGCCGGGCAACGCGGGCAGGUUGUUGUUCCCUUUCGAGGACUUGAAGCCGCCGGUUAGCCCUGGAGGUGGUGGUGUGGGCGGAGGUGGUGCAAGUGCAACCGGUGGCGCCGGCGACGGAAAUAGCAGCCACGAUCAGUUUGACCACAACAAGGAGCGAGGCGGAGGCGGCGGCCGCGGUGCCGGUGCCGGGCACGACACGCCGGGGUUCUGGAGCAGCAUGAUCGGCGGCAGUGGCGCUUCUUGGUAAUGGAGAAUGACGCACACGGGGGCGGCGCCAUGCAUGGUUUCAUGCAUGCAAAGUGUUGGUGACUUGUUCUCAAAUGCUAUGAGUUAAGAACAAGGCAACAUAGAAAAGUGUUAAUCGUUAAGGUCCUUCGUCCUCCAAAGCAUUAUUUCCCUUAGGAUAUAAUGGUUUACGGACGAAGGUUAUGAAGGACGUACCUUCAUAAAUUUAUUAAACAAUGACGAAGGAUGGAAUAUAAA